GAGAAGUCGAGCCUGUGGAUACAUACAUUUGAUAAUUUUUUUGUUGUAACUUUUUACACAAAAUUAGUAAAAAAAGUAACGUGACAAUUAUGAAACUACAAAAUUUCUAGAAAAUUAAUCAUCAAAGUAUCGACCACUUGAAAUCAAGCCGUCAAACCGCAACAAUGUUCCUCUUCACCCUCAUACUCACACUACCCCUUCUGACAACCUCUCGAUAUCAUCAUUUUCAAUACAAACCACGAAAUAUCCAGUGCCAUUGUGUCCCGCAACAUCUUUGUACUGACGAGGACGUGACAAUCAACGGACACGGAUUAUUAGAUCCCCGGUUGGGUAACAUGAUUUGCGCUAACGCUGGCGAAAUUUGCUGUGAUUCGCCCCCGAAACCGGAAACUCCCGAAAUCCCCCGAUGUGGACUCUCCGGAAACAUCAAAACCCGAAUAACCUCAAACACGAUGGCCCAGUUCGGGGAAUUACCGUGGAAUUUGAUAAUUCAGGAAAGUGUAGCUGAAGACCAAAACAUUUACAAGUGUGGAGGGGCCCUAAUCCACCCUCGAGUGGCCCUAACAGCGGCCCAUUGUGUGUCCCCUUAUUUAGAAGAACCGGAAAAAAUCCUAGUCCGGGCCGGGGAGUGGAAUAUCGAUUCCAGGGACGAAUCCCUGCCUUUUCAAGACAGUUCCGUGGAGGAAAUUCUUAUUCAUUACGACUACAGUUCUUUGUCCUUGAAAAACGACGUCGCAAUCCUGAUCCUUGUCGAGGAUUUUGUCCUUAGGGACAAUGUCAAAACUGUAUGUCUUUCCUCCUCUGAUAACAAAGUCGUGGAAAAUGGGUGUUUGGCAAGUGGUUGGGGGCAAAACGCGCAUUCCAAGGGCCGAUACUCCUCGACGUUGAAAAAGGUCCAAGUCCCAAUAGUCCCCAGGAGUCACUGUUUAGAAGCUUUGAGGAGGACGAGACUGGGUCCGAGAUACAAUUUGCACAAAAGUUUCAUUUGUGCUGGGGGGAAAAAAGGGCAAGAUUCGUGCAAAGGCGACGGGGGGAGUCCCUUGAUUUGUCCCUUAUUGGACGAAAGGGAGCGUUUUGUUCAAAUCGGGAUUGUGUCCUGGGGGAUUGGCUGUGGAGGUGAUGGAAUUCCGGGAGUGUACGUCAACGUCCCCCUUUAUUUAGAGUGGAUUGAAGGAGAGAUGGAAGAACGCGAUUUGGAUACUCGUUAUUUCAAAAUUUGAUCGGACUGUAUUUUGUGUUGCAUAUUUGUACAAUAAAAG